CAGAGAAGUCGCCGCGACAGCCAUGGGUCUCGGCUGGUCGCCUGCGCGGCGGUUGUGGCCGCUGUUGUGGCGCACGGUGGUCUCGCAGAGAGCGGGCCCCGCGGUGUCUUCGGUUCCCCGGCUUCCUCGGCUGGCAGAGCGAUGGCUUUCGGCGGGGCCGGCGGCCUGCCCGACCCCGAGCCCAGCGCGCGGCCUGCACCAUGGACCUCAGCCGCAGGAGCGGCCCGAUGGCGAGGCUCGGCCGCAGCCGGGAGCCGCAGAUCACAUUGGCUCCAAGUUUGACAUCGAUAUGCUGGUUUCACUUCUGAGGCAAGAAAAUGCAAGAGACAUUUGUGUGAUCAAGGUUCCUCCAGAAAUGAAAUACACGGACUACUUUGUAAUCGGUAGUGGGACUUCCAGCCGGCACUUACAUGCUAUGGCCUACUACAUUGUGAAGAUGUAUAAACACCUGAAAUGUAGAAGUGACCCUUAUGUCAAAAUUGAAGGGAAGGACACUGAUGACUGGCUGUGUGUGGAUUUUGGCAGUAUGGUGAUCCAUUUGAUGCUUCCAGAAACCAGAGAGACCUAUGAAUUAGAGAAAUUAUGGACUCUGCGUUCUUUUGACGACCAGUUAGCUCAGAUGGAAGCUGAGACUUUACCUGAAGACUUCAUUCUUGGACUAGAAGAUGACGCCUCAUCCCUGACUCCAGUGGAGUUCAAAUGUGAAUAAAAGCAAUGCCUUUCGUCCCUUAGACGUGAGCCAUCUGCAAGUGCAGGUCCUGCCCCGUCUGCUCGGCCACUCUGUUAUGUCUACUCUUGGACACUCAUGCUGAUGGCAGCUGUGCAGAGACUAGAGAUAGAUUAGCUCACAGACCAAGAACCAGGAAUUCAGUCCCAGUUCUUCAGCAUACUGCCUUUACUUUUGAGAUCAUAUCAGAAUUACUAGCACUGAUCCCCAAUAUUAACUCAAGUUCUCUGCUCAGAUUAUUAAAUUUGUUUAAAUGUCAGUCUUAUAUACUGUGGAAUGGCCAGAGCUUGAAAAGAGUAUCUGUAUAACCCUUCCAGAACACUAAGUAGAAUAUUUAGAUUAGGAAAAAUUAUGCAAAUCUUUUGUUAUUAGUUCACAUUAAAUAGGAUAAUCUAAGUUCAUCUUAAUGUACCAGAGCUGAAAAAAACAAGAACACAAAAAAAAAAAACCAAAAAAACAACUUACCGGUAGGUUAUUGCCUAGUGUAAGAUGCAUAUUGUGGGAACAAAUUCAGGAACACUCAACUGAAAAGACUACAAAAUGCUGUGGCUUAUGAUGAAAACUUUAUUCUGCAUCAAAGUACCUGGAAAACGAAGCUGCAUCUGGGGCACAUUAUAGAUGAGGAAUGAUUCAUAUAUGGCGAAUACAAAACUCAAUUAUAGAUUCCUCUAGCACCAGGUACUCCAGACUACCAAUGCCUAAGUGAAAGUGAAGCAUGGUUUGCCGCACUGAAAGGCUAGACGUGAGACAUGGCAGAAGUGAGACAGACCAGCAGAUAUAAAUGGAGCACCUGUGAGUUAAAAAAACAAACACUGGAAAAACUAAAUAUUGAGGAAGAGUUCUGGCCUUAAACACAUCUCCCUGAAAUCCAAGCAGGGGAACAGGUCACAUUUUUUUAAAGCAGUUUAAAUCCAUUGUAUGAAAAAAAUAUGAAUUCAAUUGUAAAAGGGGCAUUUUUUGGUUAAAACUACAAAAUAAGCUGGUUUUAUGAAAAUGUUGGACAUUUCAACUCAUUUUCAUAAUGUCUAAAUAAGUUCAGAGAAACUGGAAAGCAUGUAGAUGUUAAUCUAAAAUACAAAUGAGGCAAAAUGAUUUUUUUGAAGGGUUACGUAAUGCCCCAAGGCCAGUGUGGUAUGGCUGUAACCACCUUAUGAGCAAAGUAACAAGUAUUCAGAGCAAGCAGCAUGGCCUUGAGGACCGCCCACAAGUCUCCGCACAAGUGAGGGGAAGGGCAAAGGCUUGCUUCAACAGCCGGGUGUUUCGGCAGUCCUUUUCCCAAAACCGUUUGCUGCCAGGUGAGCCGGGCAAACAGACCCUGCCGCAUCCUGUGUAAUAGUUUCGGUGGACUUCCUUCCAAAUAGUCUAGGCCCACAACAGCGCCAGGCACAAGGAGAUUGCUUUCUGUCGCCUUCACCAUCAGGCCUCUGACUCCCCUGGUCUCCACAAAGCCAUUCUUUAGGUGUCUGCUCACAGUAUCGCUUGAUCUCAAGUGUGUUCGCAAGCUGAUUGUGUUUAAAUUCUGCACUUCUGCAGUGAUAUGCUUCAUCGGUAGCACAGUGACAAAGCACUUAGGCAUUCACGCACAUAGCCAAACAAACCAAGUCUUCUGAAGCUCUUUACACUAGCUGUCCCGAAACCCGCCACCGCUCUGCUCUGAGUGCCAUCGACCCUCCCAACUACAAACAAGGGAUACAUGAUACCGCUGCUCUCUGAGAGUAGGCACUGCUCCUUCUCUUUCCAACUACUGUCAAAAGGCUCAAAAAAUGCAAAAUUAAUUUUCCACCUUUAUUGUCAUCAGCCAGACGUAAAAUUCCUUUCUCAAUUAUUUGCCUAUCACCUGAUAACUGUUAAAUUUUUAUUUUUUUUUUUUAAAAAAUGGUUGGAGUUUCUUUAUAAAGCAUAUAAAAUUUUCAAAAAAGGAAUAAUUUUGCUUUUAACUGCAUUACUGAAUACCUGAGGUAGUUGAGUAAAAAUGCACGUCUAAUACCCCGCAAGAGCGGUCGGCACUUCCCUUCGGUUAUCCACGUUAGUGUUAGAGAAACAGGAAAUACUUCUACUCUAGUGGCUUAACAGCAUGUUCCUGUGGUAAUUCUACUGCGGUCCAAUUUCAACAAUUGGACUUAGGAACGAUCUAUUUUUUUCUAAUUUAUUUGAUGAAUUUAAUGAAUGUACCAUUUAUACCAAUUUCUGGCAUUAUGGAGGAUGUUAAAAUUAGCACAUCUGUUAUACUUUGAUAUCACAAGGGAAGUGCGGAGUUCUUUCCCUAUCCCCACCUUUUUUUUCCUUUUUUUUUUUUAAAGCUGGGUGUCAUAUAUUUCAGAGAGCAUAAAAUUUACAUUCUCACAGAGACAGGAGUUCAAGUUGCCUGGUCCUCAGAAACAACGGGCUAGGGAAAUACUCGUGCAUGUGAUUCUGGAUGGGUCAGACCCGUCUGUUGGUUAAGCAAAUCUGUCUUUGGUUUGACAUCUGCCUCUGUGGUGGCUGUCUCCUGAGCCCUUACUUCCGCCUUGAUUGAGGGGGUCCACUCUGUAGAGCCUUUUGCUGCUGCUGCUGCUUCACCUGGUUCAGAAUUUCCUGAAUUUUCCUCUGGGCAACCUACAAAGAGACAGAUGUCAUAGAACCUGCGGAGUCCAGGGUUACUCUAGUUCAAAGCAUCAAGUUGAAAUACUUACCAGUAUGCUGGCUGAAAGGACAACUAGAUAGCCAAGCACAGCCAGGCACUAGGGUGCAUGGGGCAGAAGCUGAGGUGUGGGGGCCUCUGAAGCCUAGGAGUCCAAAGCUACACGGGUAACUUUGGCACCCCCACCCAAUAUCUUGAACCCUAAACACCCAAGAGGUCCACAUACAUACAUGUGUGUGUGUGUGUGUGUGUGUGUGUGUGUGUGUGUGUGUGUGUGUGUGUGUAUAUGGAAUGGGAGCCCCUAUGACAGCUUAAGAACCUGCCAUUUUAGAAGCAACUUGCCUGGCAAGCAUAGAAAUGGCCAGUUAUUUUGACAACAACUUGGUUAUUCUCGUCAGGUGUCUGGUCACGGGGGACAACAACUUCAGCACUUGAUAAAUUCUGGAGUUCAUUCACCUAAAACAGAUAAAAAUCACAUUACUAAGCAUUCAAAGCCUAUUUCCAAGCAAUUAAUUUUUGCCAACUACAGAGUUCAUUUCAUCCCUAACAGUUCUCUAAGCUGCAGCUCCCACUUUUUUUUUUUUUUUUUGGUUCUUCGAGACAGGGUUUCUCUGUAGCUUUGGAGCCUGUCAUGGAACUAGCUCUUGUAGACCAGGCUGGUCUCGAACUCACAGAGAUCCGCCUGCCUCUGCCUCCCAAGUGCUGGGAUUAAAGGCGUGCGCUACCACCGCCCGGCUGUUCUGUUACUUCAAAGGUAGAAAUCUGGAAAUAACUUCAUUGAGAAUGACUGCAAACUACUUUUUGCAGUGUGAGAUCUGUAAAACUUCAGCUGUCUCCUUUGGUUUAUAGAAAAAAAAAGUCCAGGUUAUAUGUGUCAGAUAAUGCUGGAUGCCCCUUACAAGUCCCUGGUCUGAAAUAUGCAGAAGUCUCACUAGCAGGCUCCAAUCACAAGGGAGCUUCUCCAAACCCUGGCCAACAUGGCUCUGCUUUGUAUAAAGUAGCCUAAGCUCCAGGGAGCAGCUUGGUCCCUGCAGCUCCUCCUGCAUGGUGCAGCUCCUCCUGCAUGGUGCAGCUCCUCCUGCAUGGUGCAGCUCCUCCUGCAUGGUGCAGCUCCUGCGGAGGUACUUGCCGUUUUGCCUCCUUUCCCAAUAACUCUGCCAGCAGCAAAGGAGGGCACUCUGAUGUGAGCUUCAAGUUUCACCUCUUCUUUAGGACUAACGAAGUUUUCUUCUUUAAUUUUUCCGUAAAUUCUUCCCUGAGCCUACAGAUGACAAUACAGUCUAUCAGUGUCAUUCAUACUUGAAAGAAAAGGCCAGUUAACUUUGAAGACAGCCUAAAUGAGCCUGGAAUAUACACCAUUGCAGCGGUACAUCUGGGAUGAAGACUGACAACAGUGUAAGAGACAGCAGUGAGGAGCCCCAGAGAGGGUUGACAGUAUCUGUGCUUCCCAGGCAAGGCAAAUGAGUUACUGACAGGAGGAGGAUGCACCAGGGAGCAAAGUACAAUGAUGCCUUUGUACCAGUGUCAUCGAGAGACCCACUCUGCACACCAACACAAAGAAUAAGCCAUAUUCUGCUGACAAUAAAGGCAAUUAGUAGUAGGACUAAUUAAAAAUGAUUUUAUGGGAAAUGGCCAUUCCCACUCCUAAAGCCUCUCCUCUGGCAGUAAGAGACAGAUUCCAUUUUUCUUGAGCAAAAGAAACUAGGGAAGAACUACACAGCCAGGGAUGCCAGGCCCAAAAGGAACCAAGCGCUGUCUAAACAGGACAGACACCAGCCAGACAGCUCUCUUAUUCAGGUGACUUCAGCUUUAUGGAGGCUAAAAGACUGGCCACAACAGGUUUGGUAUGUGGUCCCUGCACUUGAGAGGCUGAAGAGGAGAUUGUUGCAAUCUGAGGCCAGCCUGGGCUGGAGUGAGAGCCUAUCUUCCUCUUCCUCCCUUCCCCCUAAAAAGGCUGCAGAAAUCAAGUUAAUGGACAUUUCUGGUACUUCACUAACAUGCCCUGUGUACAACUAGAUGCUGUAUGUAAGGAACCUCUUGUGUAACCGUUAAUUUGUUUUCAUACAUUUCAAAGGAGAAAGAAGUCAAAGUUGUGAAGUUAGGCCAAGUUCAUAAGAUAAACCAUAACAGCCCAAAUAGUCAUGUGUUCAUGGAUAUGGGGAUGCUAAGCUCACUUGAGGGGAUUAGAGAAAAGACAAAAUUCACCUCCAUUCUCCAUUUCAUUCUUUUUUUUUUUUUUAAAUUUUUGGGGCUGGAGAGAUAGCUCAGCAGUUAAGGGAACUGGGUGCUCUUCCAGAGGACUCAGGUUCAAUUCCCAGCACCCACAUGAUAACUAACAACCUCUGUAACUACAGUUCCAGGGAUCUGAUGCCCUUUCCUGGUCUCUAUGGACAUGUACCUGAUACACAGACAUACUUGCAGGCAAACACCUGCAUACAUAAAAUGAAUAAAAUCUAUAAAAAAUUUA